AACCUUGCGGCCGCCCUCGUGGCCGCCGGAGACAUGGAGCAAGCUGUUCAGGCUUACGUCACUGCCCUACAGUAUAAUCCUGAUCUGUACUGCGUUCGGAGUGACUUGGGCAAUUUGCUCAAAGCACUUGGACGUUUGGACGAGGCAAAGGUAAAUAUAAUUUCCUCCCCUACUUUCUGGUUUGCUCCGAAGUUAACAGGAUUCUCUAAAAGUUUCCUUUGUACUGUAUUAAAUUAGCGUACUCUCUGCUCUGUAAGCGUACUCAGCCCUUGCGUAUCUACAUCAGAAUAAUUUGCAACUUGCGUCAGCCUUUUCUUGUAAUGGUUUUGACAAUUAGUUCUCAAAGUAGUCUCAAAUGUACUUCCAAGAUCUUAAUAGUUAACGAAGAGUCUUAAUUUGUCAAAACCAUUAUCACAGCUGUGAGACAGGAUGGGAAAACGAAUGCUUUGUUUGGCCACACAACUUUCUUUUCCAAUCUUGUUGCACGUCACAAUAUGUACAGUCACAAAAUAUUAAAUAUCUUAUGUGUAUCGUUAUCUGAUAAUAAAAUUACGUUGAUAAAGUUUGAUGUACUGUUUAUAUCAAUGGAUGACAUUGACUCAAGUAAAAGGACAUUUUGGCGUAGCAUGUUAUUUGACACGUACAUUUUUUAUUGAAGCUUGCUGUACACAUGGGUUUCAUAUUAAACUAUGUUACAUGUACACAAUAAAGUACAUAUUUUAGCAACAAUUUCAAACACUAGUAAAUGGGGAAAGAUGGGUGCUCAAUAUUUUGUGACAGCAUUUUGCGUUCAAAUACCAAUUCUCUACACAACAUUAUUUUGUCUAAGGAAUCUCUGUAAAUAUUGCCGUUUUGAAUGUAACAUAAAGACUUAGCUUUUCUUGAUCUAAACAAUGUUGUGUGGAGUAUUGAACAGUUAUGAGAGUAAACUAAUUCACGUCUUUACACUAAAUGUUUGUGACAACAAUAAAUCCUGUUUACUUCAAACCUAGUUAACGUUAUUCCUUGCGCUUGUAGUGAUUUCUUAUUACUAUGGAGGAUCAGAGGAGUCUGUAGUGUUUAUUUCAUUUAGUGGUAUGACGUAGUGAGUUUAUUUGUAUUAUAUGAUUUGGUCAUCCACAUGAUGCCUGUCGCAAUACUCUGCUCGAUGACAGCGUGAGCUGGACAAUGAUCCUCUCGAAUCAUAAAUAUUUGAUUUGCAAUAUAAUUUGUUUAUGAAGACGAUCGGGUGAAACAAAUUGACUCAAAAUCAACUAAUUUUCUAUUAUAUUUUCACAAGGUAUUGUCUGGUAAGGCAAGUGUAGGUGUGACCGCUGCUGUAUCUAGCUGGGUUAUGGUUCGUACGACACUCGCUAUCCCGCCGCCAUGACACCAUGUCUGCUGCAGGCUUGUUACUUGAAGGCAAUAGAAACGAGGCCAGACUUUGCAGUAGCAUGGAGUAACUUGGGAUGCGUGUUUAACGCACAGAGCGAAAUCUGGCUGGCCAUUCACCACUUUGAGAAGGCCGUUGCACUAGAUCCCAAUUUCUUGGACGCUUACAUUAAUUUGGGAAAUGUUCUCAAAGAAGCCAGAAUUUUCGACAGGGCCGUUGCGGCGUAUCUUCGUGCGUUGAAUUUAUCGCCAAAUAAUGCUGUGGUUCACGGCAAUUUGGCGUGCGUUUACUAUGAACAAGGACUGAUUGACUUGGCAAUUGACACGUAUAGACGAGCCAUUGAAUUGCAACCGAACUUCCCUGACGCAUAUUGUAAUUUAGCGAAUGCACUAAAAGAGAAAGGACAAGUCGCCGAUGCCGAAGAGUGUUACAACACAGCUCUAAGACUAUGUCCCUCACACGCCGACUCACUCAACAACUUGGCGAACAUUAAACGCGAACAGGGAUACAUCGAGGAAGCGACUCGUUUGUACUUGAAAGCUUUGGAAGUGUUCCCCGAAUUUGCUGCAGCUCACAGCAAUUUGGCUUCAGUUCUACAACAACAGGGCAAGCUAACUGAGGCUCUCAUGCAUUACAAAGAGGCGAUACGAAUUCAACCAACUUUCGCUGAUGCGUACAGUAAUAUGGGCAACACGCUCAAAGAGAUGCAGGAUGUAGCGGGCGCACUGCAGUGUUACACCAGAGCUAUUCAGAUAAAUCCUGCAUUUGCUGACGCUCACAGCAAUCUUGCUAGCAUUCACAAAGACUCUGGGAACAUUCCCGAAGCUAUCCAGUCUUAUAGGACGGCUUUGAAAUUGAAACCAGAUUUCCCCGAUGCGUAUUGCAAUUUGGCUCAUUGCUUGCAAAUCGUGUGCGAUUGGACCGACUACGAGUCGAGAAUGAAGAAGCUUGUCAGUAUUGUGGCCGAGCAACUCGAAAAGAACAGGCUGCCGUCAGUACAUCCUCACCAUUCUAUGUUGUAUCCUCUCACGCAUGAAUACAGAAAGGCGAUCGCGGCCCGGCACGCUAACCUUUGUCUUGAAAAAGUACAAGUUCUGCACAAACCACCAUUCAAGUUCCCUCGUGAGUUGCAAGGACGACUCCGUAUCGGUUACGUGAGCAGUGACUUUGGUAACCACCCCACUUCUCACUUGAUGCAGUCGGUACCUGGUCUGCACGACCGCGCUAAGGUAGAAAUCUUCUGCUACGCCCUGAGCCCUGAUGACGGCACCACAUUCCGAUCUAAGAUCGCCCGAGAGGCUGAACAUUUCAUUGACUUAUCUCAAGUACAAUGUAACGGCAAAGCUGCCGAUAAAAUCUACGGCGACGGUAUUCACAUUCUUGUCAAUAUGAACGGCUACACAAAAGGAGCGCGGAACGAGAUAUUUGCGUUGCGGCCGGCCCCCGUACAAGUUAUGUGGCUCGGAUAUCCCGGAACUAGUGGGGCUAGCUAUAUGGACUAUUUAAUCACGGAUGGAGUGACGUCACCCGUGGAACUGGCGAGCCAAUACAGCGAGAAAAUGGCUUACAUGCCGCACACGUACUUCGUGGGCGAUCACAAGCAAAUGUUCCCGCACUUGCAGGAACGACUCAUUCUCAGCGACAAAGUGAAAUCUCAUAACAAUUUAGGAAGCGUAGCCGACAAUGUGGCGGUUAUCAAUGCUACGGAUCUAUCUCCUCUGGUGGAGACUACAGACAUUAAAGAGAUUAAAGAAAUCGUACGAGCCGCUCGACCUGUUGAAAUAUCUUUGAAAGUAGCGGAACUGCCGACCACCACGCCUAUUGAGACCAUGAUUGCUUCAGGACAAGUGCAGACAUCAGUAAACGGAGUGAUUCUUCAGAACGGCUUAGCGACCACACAAACGAACAACAAGGCAGCAACUGGCGAGGAAGUGCCACAGUCUAUCGUUAUAACUACCCGCCAACAGUACGGACUACCCGACGACGCAGUAGUGUAUUGCAACUUCAACCAACUGUACAAGAUCGACCCGUUGACACUGCAUAUGUGGGUGUACAUACUGAAGAAUGUGCCCAACAGUGUGUUGUGGCUGCUACGCUUCCCCGCUGUUGGAGAACCUAAUCUUCAGAAUACUGCUCAACAAUUAGGUCUGCCUCCUGGCCGCAUUAUCUUCUCAAACGUGGCUGCUAAAGAGGAGCAUGUUCGUCGCGGGCAGCUGGCCGACGUAUGUCUGGACACGCCAUUGUGUAACGGCCAUACCACCAGCAUGGACAUUUUGUGGACUGGCACGCCUGUUGUCACGCUGCCGGGAGAGACGCUGGCUUCCAGAGUGGCAGCAUCUCAGUUGAAUACGCUUGGUUGUCCCGAGUUGAUCGCGAGAACGAGGAUAGAAUAUCAAGACAUAGCUGUAAGACUAGGAACCGAUAGGGAAUAUUUAAAAGCAAUCCGCGCUAAGGUUUGGGCCGCCCGCACCGAGAGUCCGCUGUUCGACUGCAAGGCGUACGCCACCGGCUUAGAAAUGUUAUACAAUAAGAUGUGGCAGAGGUACGCGCGAGGCGACCGCCCCGACCACAUAAAGGCCGACAAAUAGACUGCGGCUCGCACCGGCCAAACCAGUGACGGGACGUCUAAGAAACGACGAUGGUGCUAAGUGAUUGUGAACCAGUGAAAGUUUCGUGUACGAAUGAUAAGCAGAACAAGGACUGCGUGUGAUAUUAAUUGUAUGGGCUGGAAGCUCUGUUUAGUUCCGAUUGUCAGCCGGUGUCGAUCAAUGUAGUCGUACUUUAGUAUUGUACUUUAUAGACAUUGAUCUGUGCCUCGUCGCCCGUUGUGACCGAUCAAAUUCUGUAUAUUAAUAUAAUUUGGUUGAGUUAUGUGUGAGUUGGUAUCCAAAAUCCUUUAUGGACUUGAUACGACAGUUUUCAAGGGCGAUUGAUGUAUCAGUACUGUUGACCAUAAAUGUGGCAACAUUUUACUUAAGGUAAGUAACUAUACAAGCAGGCUCUCGGAUAUUUGAACAUGAAAUGUAUUCUCGCUAGUUUUCAUGUAUCUCGAUAUCUUCCUUAUCUGUAGUUAUGCGCUAAAAGGUUCCUAGUUGUAAUGUUACGAAAGGAAUAUUGAUUAAGUUCAAGCUGAACUGUGUAAUAACUAAAUUAUUGAGCAAUAAAGUAAUGUUAACAGCUAGUUAAGUCCUCUGUGCCUGUAAUAUAUUACCCAGUUGUGUAAUAUGUUAUGGGUAAGAAUAUUAAAUGAUUUUGCUUCUAGUUGGUUUACAGAAACUGUUGCAUAGCCUGUAUUUAGUAAUUUUCCGAAAUAUGUGAAAGAAUAAUAAUACUAUCUAAUUGUUUAGAGAAUCAACACAGGAUAUAAACGAAUUUCUUCAAAUUUUAUUCAAUUCAUAUCAAUAACUAGACAAACAUGCUAAAUCUACAGUAACCGUUUAGAUAGGGAAGUUUAUGUAACAUAGAGUCGUUUUUAAUGAGGCCUUAUUACAAUGUUUGUGUUGCAUUUGCCAAAGUUAUGAGUAAUAAUAAAUGUUAUUUAAACUGUACUGUGGAGAAUGGAACAUAAUGUCUCUGUGUUAUACCAAACAUGCCGUUUGUAUUGAGACCGGAGCCUACGUAAGACUGAAUUUCCGGAACACUAACAGUGCAGACAGUUAUAAAUUAGUUCAAUUAUAGUUAUCGUCGCAGCCAGCCGCUGGCGACUCGUUAAUAGUGUUAAGAGACUCGUGUAAUUCUAAGUAAUCAUUUGUGAUACCAACAUACUAUUAUAAAAUGGCCAUGCUUGACGAAUAUAGUUUUAGAAAUUCUUUACCCAGCGAUUGUAAUACUUAGACGCAGCAGACGCACCUCAUUUACGUUGUGUUAAAGUUUUGGCUUGUACAUAAAAUAAAUUGUAUGUUUUCCUUGAGCCAUGUGAAUAUAUUUUGAAUUUCAAUUUUGAAAUUGGCUUGUCAAAAAAUGUAUUUUUUGUUCCAAGAAUUUUCUUUGUUAUCACAUUUACUCAAGUUUUCAUAAUAUCUAAUCAAAUAAUAUAAAGUAGUUUCAAAUUCUACUUAAGGUGUUUUAACCUUCCAACUACUUAAUUGUAAUGUCUAAAGUAAUUGGGAAAGUUAAAGAGAACAUUAUAGUGAGGUCGAUUAACUGAAAAUAUUGGAAUAGCUAUUUAUUUUAUUUAUUGUUCAUGAAGUUCAUUGCUAAAUAACACUAUAAUGUUGUCUUCUCAAAUUAAUCUGAUGUAAUAAUGAGCAUAUGGUAGUGUAAGGUGUAAUGGCUAUAAAUGUGACUUAUCCAAUUGUUUUGUCAUUGCCUGCCGUUUUGUUGUAAAUAAUAAUUAAGUCUAGAUUACGACAUAAUAAACUGAAAAAUAUA